UUCUUACGAUUGCUUACCUGGCUAAUGUUGAACCUGCUGAAGAACAAAAUGUAACAACAGGUUUCAUGUGUAUUUUGUGAAUUAUUUCGAAUUUUAAUUUUAAUUUUUCGCGAGGGAACUUCAAGAAAAUGUCAGGACUGUUUAAAUCCGCAUUCGGUUAUUUAAGUGGAGGCCAAGGUGGCGGUGGGAAUGAUUUUGUAGGACAGACUGUCGAGUUGGGGGAUACAAAGCUUCGGGUCAAACGGGUGAUUGCAGAAGGUGGGUUUGCAUUUGUGUUUGUUGCCCAAGAUGUUGCAACUGGAAAAGAUUAUGCUCUAAAGAGACUGUUGGCUAAUGAUGAGGACAAAAGCAAGGCUAUUCUCCAGGAAAUUACUGUGCUUAAAAAGCUCUCAGGGCAUCCAAAUAUUGUCCAGUUUAUGCAGGCAGCAGCCAUUAAUAAGGAAGAAUCGGACACAGGGCAAGCUGAAUAUCUCUUACUCAUGGAAUUAUGUACAGGAGGUGAGCUUGUGAAGGCACUUAAUGAUAGGAUAUCAGCUCUUUCAUGUAAGCAAGUACUUCGGGUGUUUUAUCAGACAUGUAGAGCUGUUCAACACAUGCAUAAACAAAAGCCUCCAAUUGUACACAGAGAUCUUAAGGUGGAAAAUCUGUUAAUAAGCAGUAAAAAUAUUAUUAAACUAUGUGAUUUUGGAAGCGCCACAUUGAAGUCUUACCAACCAGAUGAAACAUGGAGCUCACUCAAGAGGAGUCUUCUGGAAGAUGAGCUUCAACGGCACACAACUCCAAUGUAUCGACCACCUGAGAUGCUGGAUACAUAUAAUAAUUAUCCAAUUAAUGAGGCCAUGGAUAUAUGGGCUCUUGGUUGUGUGUUAUAUUUACUCUGUUAUGGGCAGCAUCCAUUUGAGGACUCGGCUAAGCUCCGUAUAAUCAAUGCUAACUUUGUUUUACCUGAAGAUGAUAAAGAAUUCUGUGUUCUGCAUGAUUUAAUUCGUGGAAUGCUUCAAGUGGAUCCAAGAAAUCGCCCCAACAUCAGUGAUGUUGUUGCUAGGAUACAAGAAAUAGGAGCAGCAAGGAACGUUGUCCUGAAAACGCCGAUCGAUCUUCAUGACGAUGCCAUUUUAACAGGAAGCCCAUCCAGACGGGAACCAGAACCACAGUCCCCUCCGCCUGGUGAACUGGAUAGUGGGAAGUUCCUGGGAAUUGUGAAGGGUGGUGCAGGGAAAUUAUUCAGUAAUUUAAAAGAUACGUCAUCAAAGAUGGUUAAUACCGUAGCAAGUUAUGCUAAAGGUGAUGUGGAUAUUUCUUACUUAACAAGUCGCAUCAUUGUGAUGUCAUACCCAGCGGAGGGCUUGGAGUCAACAUACAAGAAUCACAUUGAUGAUGUUAGAAGCUACUUAGAUUCAAGGCAUCCAGGCAAAUACAUGGUGUUUAACCUAACACAGAGGAGGUACAAUGCAGUCAAGUUUAAUAACAAGGUCACUGACUGUGGUUGGCCAGUGAAGAGAGCUCCCACCUUAAGCCUAUUGUACACCAUUUGUAGAAAUAUGUACCUCUGGCUUCAGAAAGAUCCCAGUAACAUUUGUACGCUUCACUGUCAGGACGGUAAAGCAAGCUCAGCUACGGUUAUUGCAUCUUUCUUUGCUUUUUGUCGGAUGUUUCGUUCAAUUGAUGCUAGUUUGUAUAUGUUCACAGUCAAGAGAGGACCACCAGGAGUUAUGCCAUCACAAAAAAGGUAUAUGGAGUAUAUAUGCUCCAUGUUAGCAGAGGAGCCAGUCUUGCCCAACCCUCACACAGUGCGCUUAAAGAGCCUCAUUUUGACUCCAGUACCAUUAUACAACAAGCAAAGGAAUGGAUGUCGACCAUUCAUAGAAGUUUUCCAUGGAGAGGAUCGUAUUCUAACAACGUCACAGGAGUAUGAGAAGAUGAAAGGGUUUCGUGUAGGAGACUACGAGGUUGAGAUCCCCAUCAACUUGGAAGUGGCGGGAGAUAUCAUGAUCAUUGUGUACCAUGCUAGGUCAACGUUUGGAGGCAAGAUGCAGGGAAAGGUGACAGCGUUGAAAAUGUGUCAGUUUCAGUUCCACACAGGAUUUAUUGCUCCUCAUGACAAAGACAUUAGUUUUGAUAAGUAUGAGCUGGACUGCAUUGAGCAACCAGAUAAGUUUGCCGAUGUUUUUGAAGCUACUGUUCGAGUUGAGGUGACAAAUAACGAUGAAGCAAAUGAUCACACGCUACCGUGGGUGAACUUUGACACUCAACGGAUCAAUCCCAAGUAUUGCUUUAGUGGUCCAGAUGAACAAAAACUAAUCUUUAGCCAGUUCAAACAUAUGGAUAGGAAAGAUGGAAAGACUGCCCAUCAGAAGAAGGAGAGAAAACCAGCAGUAGAAACAGAGGAAGUUCCAUCACCCACGGAAGAUAAACAAGGAAGUGAAAAAAUGGGAAGAUCGCAGUUCAACGAUGCUAACCCAGAGCAUAUGGAACGAUUGAUUGACGAUUCCGAUGAUGACGUUUCUGAUGACUUUGGUUCAUUUCAAACAGAGCGAGCCAAUGCUCGCAAGCCCACAAAUUCUGAAUCAUCGAAUAAUGGUAUUUUGUUUGAGGCUGAUUUCACCGCAGAAAAUAUGCAUGCAGCAUCUACUAAUGCAAACUUUUUUGAAACCAGUUUUUCUCCAACACAUUCCAGUCAAUCCCAGUCUCCAGACGUUGUAGAUCUUCUUAACAUGGGUAAUUCUGGUUCAUCUCAGGAUCAAAGCCAGAAUAACAGCCGAGAACAAUUAAAUGAAGUAAAUCUUUUUGAUACCGGACCACAGGAGUCCAGUAAUUUCAACUUGCUUUCGGAUCCGAAUGUGGUACCAGGGCAAACACCGGAGGCUAACCUGCUUGGAGAUACUUUUGACCCUUUUAAUCAACAGCCCAAAACUUCAUCACAGUUGAAUACUCCUCAGCAUAAGGCACAUGCUCCGAGUCAAGAUACACCAACACUACAGACUGCAGACGACCUUUUUGAUCCAUUUGCUUCAAGAAGUCCGGCAAGAGCUCCCUCUCCCAACCCACCGACGAUAAACGUGAAUACAAAACCUGCCACAGAUGAUACUUUAUUUGAUCCGUUUGCAUCGCAGAAGAACAGUAUCACGUUAACUCGUCAGACUCACAGUAGUAAUGACUUGUUUACGGAUUUCAAAGGUUUUCAAGAGAAACCAGCAACUAUCAAGCAGCAAAGUAAUAGUGGUCCCGAUCUUAUGCAAGGCUGGAAUGCUAAUGGGCCUAGAACAGCACCUACCAGUUCAAAGCAACCAGGAGGUAUGGGCUCAGGAAUGAGGCCUAAACCCCAACCUGCAACCUCCACCGAUCCAUUCGCUAAUUUUGGAAAUAUUGGUAGCACUCUGCCUAACAGCAAUAAAAGCCAAUCCUUUGGAUCCUGGCAAGCAAAGUCUUCCCCAAUACAUCAAGCCCGCCCUCAACCAGCUUUCACACAACCAUCACCAAAGAAAACUCAGCAGCCUCCCCAGCAGUCACAGUCAAAAGCACCUCCGAAUUACUUUGCCGGUGGGUACACAGGAUCAAGCGUGUUUGGAAGCAGGGAUGAAAGAGGAACAAGGGGUAGCUUUCCAAUGCCUGGUGCUAAGAAGGCAGACUUUGGUGAUUUACUGUCAGGUCAAGGAUUUACCCCAUCAACAAAUAAGAAUGAGCCACGUUCAAUCAACUCAAUGCGACAUGAGACGCUGGUACAUAUCAAAUAAUUUCUGUUUAUGUCCUAUAUGUAUACAGUAACAAACAUAAUAACAAAUUUCAACCAAUCAUAACUUUUCUACUGUCCUUAGCAAUAGCAUUUGAAUUUGGUAAACAAACUAUUAAUAAUACCUCACUAUUUUUUUCCAAUCUUAUUUUGUUUGCAGGUAAAGAAAUACUACCGUAAGGCUGUUUUGACUGCCCACCCCGAUAAACAAGUGGGCACACCAAAUGAAGAUUUAGCUAAGCUAAUAUUUCUGGAGCUGAACGAUGCAUGGUCUGAGUUUGAAAAGAGUGGCCAAAAAGCUCUGUACUAGGAAAAAAACAUGAUGAAAUAACAAUUCAGUUGUUUGGUGUUACGGUUGAAGAUGUGGAGAUAGAAAUCCCAAGAUAAGAGAGCCACUGAAUCUUGUAGUAUACCACAGUUUUUUCCAAAAUGAAGAUGUUAGUUAAACUUGGAGUUAAAUCUAGAAUUAAUGAUGUCAAAUAUUGAUGUGUUUAUAUGCUACACAAAAAAACUCUUUUCAAGCAUGCUACAGUGGACCUUACCAGAGUGACCAUCAAAAAAAUAACAACUGACCAUCAGAGCAGGGCUAUUAUUUAACAUGCGCAUGUUUCACCACCACAAGCACAUGUGCUUAUAUAUGUUUACACUGUCAUGUUGUGGGAACUUAGCUUAUUAUCCAAGGGGCGGUGUUUGACAGAAAGGUGGUUCAGUUGUUUGGCUGGUGUUUCUUCAGGCUCUGUGUUUUGCUAACAACCUUUUUUUUUUAACACCAUAUUUAACAAUAAAUGAUUUAUCCAGGAAAGUUGGCCAUUUGAAACAAUUGCUGCUUUAUAACUGAAAACUCUUUUUAAGCUUAGAGUGGAGGAUUUUCAGUUGUGAAAAGGAUCCCGAAUUUUUUUCUAGGAUUAAUCCCAGGAUCUUGCUUUUAGAAAGUGGGUGCUUAAUCAGCAAACCACAUCUUCAAUCCAAAGAAAUUAUUCUGACUUGCUCCGAGAUUAAAACACUUUCUAUUUUCUUCCAAACAUCCAUUGUAGUCAGGCAUUAACAUAAUAUUGUACUUCUAUAUCAUAAACUCAUUUAAUUAUAUUAUAUGAAUAGGUUACUUAUUUUAUUUUAUUUUUGUAUGGAAAUUCACUCAUCUCCUAACCUGUUCCAAAUUAUUAGACUGAGGUUGUAAGGCAUAGAGAAUUUGUUUAAAAGUAUUAUCUCCAAGAUUAAUCCACUGGGGGAUUAAGAAAAUAUAUGUAUAUGUAUACAUAUACUAGAAUUACAUUAAUUAUUCUAUUUAUUUUUUUAAAUUAUAGAAACUUAUAAAUCAUCUACGUGUCUACAUUGAUAUAUUGUAAUAUAGGCAGAGGAACUAUAUAGGGGUUUGUCAGGAUGUCAUAAGAUGUUUAGUUAAGUUACCAGUCUGUCUGUAAAGAUACCCAAUGUGCUAAUGUGUACCCAUAUAACAUGUAGCACUCACACAGGACUGUACUUACACACUACUUAUUUUGAAAGCAUUAUUUUGUAACUGUACAAAUAUAACAUGGAAUUAGAUUUGCUCCAGUGAAAGACACCAGUUAAUGUUAAUAUAUAACACAUACCCUAACUUUGAUCCCAGUAAAUGUGAUUUGCCCAUAUUUGGAUGUAAUAUGACAUCAUGACCAAUUAUGGGUACAUCACACAGAUUUGUUACAUACAAUUUUAUAGUAUGAACAGAGUUUAAGAUACAGUAUAUUAUAAUUGUUAGAUGGUCAUAGAAACGGGAUGACUGUAUAUUGAAGUAAGGAUCAAAAGUUCUGUUUUAAUAGUAAUAAUGAUAGAAAGAGGUAUGUUUAAGGCACUUGUGUGUAUUUUGGUGAUCAGUACUUAAAUCCAAAUUAUAUCACAUGUCCUGAAGGUGCAAUUAUAUUAUUCUUUAUGUUGAAUGAAGUGGUUCAGAUCAUUCCUAUAAGUGUUUUCCAAUUACUGUUUAUUUUUAUUUUUUAUGGAUGGGUGAAGAUAAAUUUAAUAUAUGAUACUCUUGCUAGUAUAUAUUUUAUUUGGUUGACUAAAGUUCUGUCUACACUAUAAAAUUCCAUGUGACAAGUAAAUGAGAUAUGCCCAUAUUUGGGUGUAAUAUGACAUCAUCAUGCCUAUAUAUGGGCACGUCACAUAAAUUUGUCACAGAAUUUGAUAGUGGGGACAAAGCAUUAAAUAGAAGCUGACAUUACUUUUUUUGGUUAUGAUUAUACUUCAGAAUUUAUAAAUAAUACUGUAUAGUCAGUCUAUAGGAAGUAUUAAUAUUUUUAUUAUUAAUAAUUGUUAUUGUAAUAAUUAUUUUAGUAAUAUUAUUGUUAUAAUUAAUAUUAAUAUAAUUAAUAGUGUUAUAAGUGAUGCAAUUUCUCAGUAUGCAGGUAAAAUACCAGGGUAAGAGAUACCUAUGUAGUAAACAUUCACAAUUUGUAUAAAAUGCCAUGAUCAAUACCGGUUAAAUUUAAGAUAGAUUCUACUUAUAACGAUGAUUGUUUCAGUGUUACCAAUAAUAUUUAAUUAUGGUAAAUUAUUUCCCAUCUUAAAGUUUUCCUACCUGCUCUCUGUGUUAUUUUUUUAAAGAAUGAUCAUGUAAUGUAAUUAAUAUUUAUGUAUGGAUAUCAUGCUCAUUAGCAUACAGGUAGCACCUGUGAUUUUGGUUACCUGUAUGUAUAAUUAUAUGCGCAAUAUUUACAUAGUAUUUCUACUUUUAUCUGUAUUUGCAUGUUUAAAUUUUGACGAGUUUCAGUUAAAUUUUCUUGUUUUUUUUAUAUAAUUAGGCAUUUUCCAAAAAUUUUUUUAUCAGUUGAAUCAGCUUUUUUUUCAGUUAUGUUUUUUAUUACACAACUUCAUGUGGUUACAAUGGCGAUAUACAAUUUUUUUUCUUUGCCUUUUAAAAGUUGCAGUUAUGAUUUAUAUGUUAAAUUUAAGAGAGCCUAUCUAUCCUUAAGUAUUGGGUUGGAUAGAUAAAGGUCAACAUAAGAAUGUAAAUUCUAGAUGAAACUUGAAAAUAUUUUAUUAUAUUUGACCUCUCUAAAGGUGUAUGUUAUAAAAGACAAUCUGACCUCUCAUAGACAUGUCGUUGCCUUGGUUUCAUGUUGUUAGAUACUAUAGUGUAAUGAAUAAAUUAAGUCUAAUGAAAGACUUUAUGAUCAGUCA